UUCGUUCCUCAAGGCACAAGCCCGCCAAGCAACCGGCUUUUACAGUGGCGUACCUCAUGAAAUGUCGCUCAGCGCAACCGACUUCGACGUGUGCCUCUCUCCCUUGAUGAAUGCCUGCUAAUGGAGGGACGCGAGAAGCUCCUAGAUUGGGCGAAGAGGGAGGGCGCCUCACUGCAUGGAGUUUACCCCACAGAAACCCCCUACCGAGGCGCGGGCAUGGCCGCUGGUCGCCAUCUCAAGGAAGGAGAGGACAUCCUAUAUGUACCCACCGGGCUAGUCCGCAGUUUACACACUGUCCCUGAACAUGUCUCUCGCAAGCUGCCAUCUGACACGUCAAUUCACGCCCUCCUGGCUGCGGACCUAACAGUCAAUGGCAUGACAGAGCUGGCGUUGUGGAGAGAUUGUCUACCUACACUGGCCGACUUCAGCACUGGCAUGCCAUUCAUGUGGCAUAAAAAGCUCCAGGAGCUCCUCCCGAAGCCCGCCAGAGAGCUUUUAGAGAACCAGCUGGGCAACUUCCACCGAGACUGGGCUCGCGUCACGAAGGCUUUUCCGGAUCUGCAGCAGGAAGACUACCUUCACAACUGGCUCGCUGUCAGCACGAGGAGCUUCUACUACUGGACGCCGCAGAUGGAAUUAUACCCCCCGGCUGACAGGCUGGCCUUGGUCCCCAUCGCGGAUCUCUUCAACCACGCCGAUACUGGAUGUGGGGCCAGCUUCACACCAGACGGCUUUGUCGUUUCGACAGAUCGCAAAUACCAUGUCGGCCAAGAAAUUUACAUUUCCUACGGCACACACACAAACGACCUUCUGUUGGCCGAGUAUGGCUUUGUACCGAUGGCGAACCGUUGGGACAAAACUUGCCUCGACGACGUGAUCCUGCCAAGGUUGAGCCCGGAUCAGAAGAAGCUACUCCGGGAUAACAAACUCCUCGGUCCGUUUCUGUUGGAUACCGCGACGCUUGGAUGCAGGAAGACACAGGCCGCCAUCCGGCUGUUGUGUCCCUGUAGUCGACCGCAAUGGGAAGAUUUUCUGGAUGAAGAAGGCUGCGGAGAGCACUGUCGGGAGGCCAUGAAUGCGUUGCUGAGAUCGUUACUUACCGAGUAUAUGGCCACAGCCAGGAAAACUGUGCGAGAGGUUGCGGAAUUGGAGGUUGGGCAAAGCGCCCAACGCGAACUUCUUGGGCAGAGAUGGAGGCAGAUCGAGGUGACCGUUUCCCAAGCGAUCAAACGUCUACAAGGCAGGGACCGAUAGUUCUGACUCAACGCAAAGUCCUGCAAAGACGCACCGAACUCCAAUCGCUUCCUCAAAGUGAUGCGCUAGUAGUGCUGCCCAGAACUAGCUAAUGUCCAUCAGCUUCUGUCUAUAUUGCACCUCCUCCUACCACCGAACCUCUAGCCAUCAGCCUGUCCGGUACCGCAAGGUCUAGCCGGUCCCAGCCUUCCCCGACUUCUGCUAUCUUGUCGGCUUUUUUUUCCUGCCCCUUUUCC